GACUGCAGACAUAGUACAGGAAAUGACCAGAGACUGCAGAUAUAGUACAGGAGAUGACCAGAGACUGCAGACAGUACAAGAGAUGACCAAAGACUGCGGACACAGUACAGGAGAAGGACCAGAGACUGCGGACAUAGUACAGGAGAUGACCAGAGACUGCAGAAACAGUACAGGAGAUGACCAAAGACUGCGGACAUAGUACAGGAGAAGGACCAGAGACUGCGGACAUAGUACAGGAGAUGACCAGAGACUGCGGACACAGUACAGGAGAUGGACCAGAGACUGCGGACAUACUACAGGAGAUGGACCAGAGACUGCGGACACAGUACAGUAGAUGACCAGAGACUGCGGACAGUACAGGGGAUGACCAGAGACUGCGGACA